GUAGAUAAGCACCCACAACCCAUCCGUGUACCGCAUCUCCACCUCCUCUGAACCUCCUUUCACUCUAUCAUUCUUCAUUUUUCCCUAGUCCCAGAUGAGCCUACGGAUCUAUAAGUCUUGAUCUCUGGCCUGUAUAGUUCCGUUUGUUAACUUUCCGCUAACCAGCUUUAGCUUGGCAUAGUACCGACAGAACAAUAUGUCGACUGACCCAGAGGAAUUAAUUAAGAUUCUGGAAUGCAUCCGCGCGCUACAGAAGCAUUUUCCAGCCGACUUUAUUCUAGUCGGCGGCGCGGCUGCGUGUUUCCAAGGCCACAAGAGGAUCACAACUGACGUAGACAUCUUGAUCCGGUCCAAGACUAUCAUCGACUCCCUCAAGUUCGUCGAAGGCUUCGAGGUGAUGGCGGGGAAACUCUCGUACCGAUCGGUUAUCAUCGAUCUCCUCACCACGAUUGACGACCGCUUCAUUAGGUGCUUCUAUCUUCGUCAAGAAGAUGCAAAGGGCCUUCAGAAGCGGCAGACUGACCUAAAGGAUGCUAUCUUCUGGGCGGAGAUGCUCAAUAAGACUAGACAAACCAUUUCAGACACUUGUGCUGCACUGUUCAAGAUCGGCUACUAUCACGCUCUUUUGAUCCGAGUGAACCUACGCCCUGCCAACUUCCAGAAGCUAGUGGACGUGGGCUUCGAGCGACUUCUCAUUCCAUGGGAGAAGAACACGCCGGAGCAGCGGGAGUAUUAUUCUGAAUUUGCUGCUGAGGGAACGGAUCCGGUGACCGUCCCUCUGGACGAUGACCUGUAUGAGGAAUUAGAGGAUGCUGCCACAUUUGAAUAAUGUUCGGGCCACUUCAUUCAUCGGCAUCGUCUUUGACGUGCCGCACACUAUCCUUGCAUUUCUUGUGCUGCAUUAGGGAGCAGUCUGGUGUGAAUUCCCUUACAGUUGGCUGAUUAGGUGUGCUUAAUUUUUACCAUUGCGAGUCUUCCAACGCCAUAGCGUCAGC